AUGCUUUGUACAAGCUUUGGAUGUUUUCGUCUUGGCGCCCUUCAACGCAUACAUGUUGUUCUUGAAGUCACUCGGCGAUGGCUCGGUAUGAAUAUUGUUGGGAUGACAGAUUGUCCGACUUUUCUGCUGUGCAAGUAUAAAGCUGGGAGGUGGCUUGCUACAAGCAUACUUUUGGUAAACAAGCUUCUCAGGCGACCACUCACUACACGCUUUGUCAAUCGCUCAGCCGUUACAGCCAUCUUGCCCACCAGCAACACUACUGGAAACCCGAAGCAUCACCACUCAGCCUCACUGUCAACAAUGUCGACUCCAUCACCGUCUUCCUCUCGUAGCUCUUCCAUCACUAUGUCCGGAGAGCAGACCCACCAGGCCACUCAGCAGUCUCACGGAUUCAUAUCGGCGCUCAAGAAGCCAUUCCAGGGCUGGUCGAAGGAGCUCCUGCGAGCUCGCGAUGACGACGACGAUGAUUACAACUUUGCGAGCGGCAUGCGCCGCGGCGCCCACCUGUACCGCAACGACGCCUAA